AUGUUUAGAGAAAGAGAACCACAGAUCAUUGACGAAUCAUCACUGAAGUUUGUCUCUGUUCUUGGCAGAGGAGGUUACGGCUCUGUAACUCUCAUGAGAGAUUCCAACCUCCGCUUGUUCGCAGAGAAGUCUUCUUCGUUCGAUGACUUGAGGAGUCUCGAGAAAGAACACAGAAUCAUGAAACGUUUCCGUGGUCAUCCACGCAUCGUCCAAACCAGGAGCCCUAAUCUUCACAUAGCGACCAAUCCCGAAAGAUGUUACAUCUACAUGGAGUUUGCCUCCAAAGGCACUCUCCACAACAUGAUCUCCGAGUUCCGCGAGAGAGGAAGACCGAUGCCUGAGCACACGAUCGGACAUGUUGCUCUCAUGAUUCUACAAGGACUCCAAGCUCUUCACUCGCACGGUUACGUUCACUGCGAUCUCAAGCCAGCGAACGUCCUCGUGUUUCCUUCUAAGGCCGUUGGAGAGCCGUGGGAUCUCAAGCUUGCUGACUUCGGUAUGUCCAAGGAGCCUUGCACGGAUUCUAAGUAUUUGCUCGCUGGUACGAAGCCAUACAUGCCGCCAGAAACUUUGGGACCAAACAAAGUGAUUGGAUCAGCCGUUGAUGUUUGGUCGCUAGGAUGUGUUGUUCUGGAGAUGUUUGGAGGAUGUCCAAAGAAGAUGGGACAUUGCUACACGUGGAGGCUUCCGAAACUUGUGUCUCCGAUGGCUGACGAUUUCUUGAGGCGGUGUUUAGCUUUGCUACCGUCACGUAGAGCCACUGUUGAGGAGCUGUUGAAACAUCCCUUUGUUUUGCAAAAAGUGAUCGGUGUAACACCACGGCGAGAGUCAAUGCCUCUAUGUCCUUCUUUCCUUAGGUUUCUUUCUGACGUGAGGAACAAUGGAAUGGAAGAAUGUUCAAGAAGACAAAGAGGAGGACCGGCGAUGAAGAUGAUGCCAAGACCUCAAGAUUUGAUCUACUGA